GAGGGGCGGAGCCGGCCGAGGAAAAGGGGGACCGCCCGGCGCCGGGAGAGCGAGAGCGGAGAGGCAGCGUGAGCGGAGCUGGCCGCGCUCGGAACGGGGCUGGCAGGCGAGAUGCUGGCGCUGGGGGGCUGCGCAGCCCCACCGCAGCGGGGCCCGCCCUCCAGCCGCCGCUGAGCUGCCCACACCGGCGCUUGGGGCUGGGCGUGCUGCGAUCUCCAUGCGCUGAGCGGGGCGCAGGCUCGGGGAUGAAGGCGAGCCCGGAGCCGCCGGGGCUGCAGCCGCAGGAGCCGGAGAGCCAGCCGGCGGCGGGGCGGGAGGCCGAUGCCCGCUGCUGGGCGAGGGACGGCAGCAAGAGCGAGACGACGGAGGCGGAGCGGCUGCGCACCCGCGAGCGCCUGGAGGCCACCCUCGCCGGGCUGGCCGAACUCGAGUUCCUGCGCCAGCGCCAGGAGUUGCGCGUCCAGCGCUUGUUGCGGGCCGCACCUGCCGCUUCCCCCGCCGGGGUCGGCCCCGGGGAGCCGCCGGGAGAUGCCGCCGGGGUCGCCGCCGCCGCCCCCCCUCGCAGCUUGGAGGAGAAGUUCCUGGAGGAGAACAUCCUGCUCCUGCGGAGGCAGCUGAACUGCUUGAGAAGAAGGGAUGCUGGCUUGUUAAACCAGCUGCAAGAACUGGACAAGCAGAUCAGCGAUCUCCGGCUGGACGUUGAAAAAACAGCAGACGAGCACCUCGAGACGGACAGCCGUCCCAGCUCUGGGUUUUAUGAGCUGAGCGAUGGGGCUUCGGGCUCACUCUCCAACUCAUCCAACUCUGUCUUCAGUGAGUGUCUGUCCAGCUGCCACUCCAGCACUUGCUUCUGCAGCCCUUUGGAUGUCUCCUUGAACAGCUCCGAUGGGCGGCCCAAGUCUGCAGAUCUCGUGGGCUGGUUGGAGUAUAACAAAGGAAGCCAACAUGAGGAGCAGUCUGUGGGAUUGGCCUCUCAUUCUCUGUCUACGCCACACUCUAACUCCCUGGAUGUGGUCCUAGAUGUGCAUCCGAAAUACCAGUGUGACCUGGUGUCCAAAAAUGGGAACGACGUGUACCGCUACCCCAGCCCCUUGCAUGCCGUGGCAGUGCAGAGCCCCAUGUUUCUGCUGCCGGUGACUGGUAAUACCCCCAGAGAAGAGGGGGAGAGAGUUGGCAGCAGCAUCGGUGAAGUUGGCGUUGGAGCCGAACAUGACUCUGCAAAAACGAGCACUUCUUCUUGUCUCCCACUCAACUCCCAUUCCACAUCUUGUCCCACGGCCAACAGAAAAAUGGACGGCUACAUCUUGAGCCUGGUGCAGAAAAAGACCCCUUCUGUGAGGACUAACAAACCGAGAACAAAUCUGAACGCCGACCCCGCCAAAGGGAUUCUGAGACAUGGAAGCAUUUGUGUUCGCCAGAUGGCUGCGGUUGCCCACAACAAUGUUGUUAAUCUUAAGAGUUCCAGCCAGGCAUUUCCGCAUUCCAGUGGAAACACCACCACGCUGGAUAACGGCACUUUCUCCCCCUUAAAGCAGCAUUCGAGAGAUACUGAGCAUCUGGAGACCAAAAAGAUACCGUUCCCCACAACCUUCCCACCAAAUGCGAACAGUGAACUUCAAAGCAAACACUCAACCAGGAGUGUCAAGCCUCAAGAGGCAACACGAUGCCCUGGUUCUAACAAGGGUGAUGGCUCCAAGGAGAGUGGUCAGAGCGUGGCAGCAUGUGGUAAAGAGAGCCCCAGUCGGCAUACGACGCCCCCGAAGGAAAAUAAAGGUGCCCAGCUGCCCAAAAAGAUAAUGUUUAAGAACAGUGGAGUGCAAGCAACCCGCUCUACUUCGCCCCCUCAGGAGAUGAGGCCCCCGUUGGAUUUCAAGAGUGAGGGGUCAUCCACUCAGAGCCUGGAGGAGGGGCUACUGGUCAAUGCCCAGUACAUACCGGCUCAACCACAAACGGUCAGACUUCACAAAGGCACCAGGAGUGUCAAAAUCCUCAAGAGCUCUAUGAUGAAACACAGGUCCCAUCUUGUUACGGUACUGGAAAAUGGUCCGCAGGGUGGACGGGAGAAAAGCAAGUCCACCGGCAAAAAGUGCCGUUUCCCUGAUGACUUGGAUACAAACAAGAAGCCGAAAAAGGCCGCCUCAAGAGGGAAGAAGAGCGGCCAUUUGCAAUUGGAGGGCAGCCUUUUGAGCCGCCCGCCCGGUGUGCUGAAAUCGGCAGUGAGACCCCAUGGACUUGGCAGAGAGCCGGUAGUGGCCAAGCCAAGGCACAAGCGGGCCGACUAUCGCCGCUGGAAGUUGUCAGCAGAGGUGUCUUAUGAAGAAGCCCUUAGGAGGGCCAGAAGACACCGGAGGGAAGCCAUCGGGGUCUACUCGCAGGUCCCCCAUUCCUAUGUCAGCCCUUAUGCCUACGUUGCCAGCGACUCAGAGUAUUCGGCGGAGUGCGAAUCCCUUUUCCAUUCCACUGUGGUGGACACGAGCGAGGACGAAAGGAGUAACUAUACCACCAACUGCUUUGGGGACAGCGAAUCCAGCCUGAGUGAAGUGGAAUUUGUUGGUGAAAGCACGACGACAAGCGACUCCGAUGAAAGCGGGGGCCUCAUUUGGUCCCAGUUUGUCCAGACACUUCCAAUUCAGACCGUCGCUGCUGCUUCGGAGCUCCACGGAAAUGCAGCCAAAGCCUUUGUUAAGAUUAAAGCUUCGCAUAACCUCAAGAAGAAAAUCCUCCGUUUCCGGUCUGGAUCCCUCAAACUGAUGACCACUGUCUGAACGCAUCCUGGGGGUGGGGGUGGUAAUGAUACCCAUGGCUUCUGGGGGAACGUGUGUGUACGUGUAUAACAGAAAGUCUGCGUAAAGGGUUUUCAUGGGUCUUGGACACUGGAGCCACCUGUUCAGUGCCGGCUCCAAGAGCAGAGGGGUCCUCGAGAGAAAGCACUCCAAGGAGGAGGCUGCUUGACCUGCAGUGAUGGAGUGUACAAAUGGAGAUUCAUUCAUGCUGCCUUCAGUCUUUCCAGGUGCUCCAUGGUGGCAGUGUGUGGGGCAGAGGGCCCAUUGCUAGUCUUGUGGAUGUGGGGCCAAAGGUCAACCUCCAAGUGAGCCAUGCCUGUAACACCCACAUUGACCUUGCCUUGAUCCCCCGGUAGUUCCAAUAUAUCCCUGUGCUUGUUUGUGCUCUCAUAAUCCACAUGCACAAAGGACAGCCCAGAAAUAUUUGCAGGUCGUGUCCCUGGCUGCUGAUAAAAAGGGCAGGCUAGGGCCCUUGCUCAUACCAGCAGCCUUGGGUGUUUGGAAGCAGAUCUGCUUUCGGGUAGGGUCAACAACCCCCAAGUUCUGGGAGACAGUGUUCCUUGCAGUGUCUGUCCAGACCUUUGGGGACGUUGCGGGGAAGUCAAUAGCUCCUAAAUGAGAUGCCGACAGCCCCUUAACGAAAUGCAGAAUUGGAGUCUUAAUUGGUGGCAGUGCCCAGGGCUAGGUGUUGGGGAAACAGUCUUGCGAAAAAUGUAGCUGUCUAGCUCUCAAAAUGUUUACUAUCCCACCUGAUGAACCUGCUUAGGUUGGUCACUUGUGGUGUAUGGAGGCCCUGGAAGGGGGUGGAGAACAAUCUUUCUUUUCCUGCUUGGUAACCUGGAGGUGAAUUUGGGGGCUACACUAGACAGUAUACCUGUUGUUGGAUUGGGACCGGUGUGCUUGAUUUUUCCAAACACAAAUAGAAACGCAGAGCCCUGGUUCAGACUGGGACUGUGGUGUGGGGGUAGAGGGUCUUUAACCCAUUGUCCCCAUCAUGGUUCCAAACCCAAUGGGGAUGCAAUGGCUACUGUUUUCCCCCAUGGAGGGAGGAAGUUUCGACUGGCACAGUGGGAGCUUUUCCGCAGUUCAGUUAGCCGUGGGGGACCCAAUCUGGUCUGGGACCAGGGGCAAAGGUUUAGAAUCCUGCUGCUUUAUAUCAUGAGCCACUAUUGGAAGGGUGGCAUAGAAAUCAAAUCAAUAAAUCAUGGUCUGGAUCAGGGCCCCACGUGGCUGCAUUUGAAAAUUCAAGCACAUGGGCCCCAUUUACGUGAUAAUUAGGUGUAUCAUCUAGUUCAGGGCUGGCCAACCUGAGGCUUUCUUGCUGUUGUUGGACUACAAAUCCCAUCUUCCCUGUUGCAGCUGGGGGUGAUAUGAGUCAUUGUCUUAACAGCUGGAGAGCCUUAGAUUGCCCCCCCCCCCCAAACUCUGGUCUAGUUUGACACUUAACUGGCCGACAUGUUGCACAAUUUUACAUUCACCUUGUAACGUUGUGUUUGUGCAGUUGCACAGUAGCAGAAAUUGUUCAGUUGCAGCAUCAGAGUUGUGCACUGAACGGCCUUUAUUUCCAAUGGCCACAUCGCUCUGCAACUCUGUGCAAUUUUUGUGAUUGCACUCUUGCUCAGCCGCGCCCAUGCAGUGUUAACAAAGUGAAUAAAAUUGCGAGGUACCGUAUUUACCUGUAUCCAAGACUAGGUUUCUUCUAGAAACCUAGAAAUCAGGGGGUCAUCUUAAAUUCAGAAGCCUCUUCCUUUGGGGUAAAUACAGUGUAUAACCUAAAUUUAACCUCUUAAAAUUUAACACUUUAACUCUUAAAUUCUAAGUGUUUUUAAGGGGGGUUGACUUAAAUUCAGAGUCCUCUCCUCUCUGGCUAAAUAUGGUAUGUCACGCAAUCUCUCUAAACAAGCAGACAGCGGCGAUUUCCAAGCCUGGUGUAGCAGAUGAGCAGAGAGACAGACAAAGCCUUGCUCUAUGCAACCCCUUUUCCUGUUCCUGAUACUCCUUUUCUGCCUUCCAGAGGUGCGCUAAUAUGCCAAAACACAGCUCCUGUGCAGACAUGCACUGUGUGAGCAUGGGACACACCCAUGCGCAUAUCUCCCUACUUAAGGGAAACAAGGUGCUUCUCUUAAAUAUUUUCCUAGAAUGUUCCUCGCCCCCUGCCCCCCUGCCAAAUGCACAUAUUUAAAUCUGAAAGGACUGCUUAAAGGAUGUCAAUUGCAUCUCCAAAUCUGUGGGUUGAUACUAGUGCCUUCUUAAGUGGCAAAACCAAGUCCACCAUCCUAGUCUUUUAACAACGGAAUACCACCCAUUUUCAACCGUGGCAGCUUCAAGUAUGUAGAAAGAAGACUUCUGCAGCCAGUGUUAAUUAAAUGCCUCCUCCUCGUUCAGGAAUGGAUUGAAGGGCAUCUAAUCUCCGGUGCUGAUCUUUACUUUGGUUUCUACAAGUUAUUGCUUCUUACCUUAAAAACCGAUUCCCUGCCUCUGUUCACAGAGGCAGAAACAUGCAAUAAUGUUUGGGGUGUUUUCGAAGGGGGUGGGGUGACUCUUAAACCCCAGAAUCCCCACGAUCCACCUGCAUGUGUUAAAUUUACAAAGCAAGAGUGACGAUUUUCAAUCUCCCAUGAAGCUGUCUUGAAGUCAGAGCAUUGGUCCACCUAUCCUGGUAAUGUCAACUCUGGCUGGCAGCAGCUUUUUGCCCUCUUGAGGCAGGGUCUCUGCUGGAUGUCUUUUCUCAGCUGUUACCUGAGUGCCUUUUGAAUGGGCGGUGCUGGGAACUGAAGCUGCAUUUGUUUUGCAGUGGCUGUAGCCUUCUGUUAAUGGCUGUAGCAUUACUCUUGUUAGUACUGUCAUGAUCCUGAGUAAACAUUCCAGCUUAAAAACCUAGACUAAAGUCAAAAUAGCCUAGUGUUCUCUUUAAGGAUCCCAGCAGGCACGAUUCAUUAGGUGUUCCACCAAGAACGGUAGCCUUCCACUCCUUCCACUUAAAUAAUCUCCUUGGCUGUGAUUGCAUACAUUGAUGUGUACUUUGGAACCCUAAGAACAGGGGCUGAUAUAAUCAUGGGCAAUGCUCUGUGGGACUGCAUAGGAACAUAGGAAGCUGCCUUCUACUGAGUCAGACCAUUGGUCCAUCCAGUUCAGAAUUGUCUACCCAGACUGGCAGUGGCUUCUCCAAGGUUGCAGGCAAGACAUAGUCUCUCUCAGCCCUAUCUUGGAGAUGCCAGGGAGGGGACUUGGACAUUUCUGCACGCAAGCAUGCAGAUGCUCUUCCCAGAGUGGCUGCAUCCCCUAAGGCAGGAUUUCUUAACCUUGGGCCCCCAGAUGGUGUUGGACUACAACUCCCAGAAUCCCUAGACACGGCCUUUGUGGCUGGGGAUUCUGGGAGUUGUAGUCCAACAACAUCUGGGGGCCCAAGGUAAAGAAACCCUGCCCUAAGGGGAAUAUCUUCUACUGCUUACAUGUAGCCUCUAAUUCAAAUACAACCAGGGUAGGCCCUGCUUAGCCAAGGGAACCAUUCAUGCUACCAGUUCAGCAAAGGGGACAGUUCUUGCUACCACAAGACUAGCUCUGCGGCAGUUUGAGACCCCUGGCCAACAUGAUGGGCAGCGCGCCAUCAACAUGAGGGUCCCGCUGGGCGUGCCGUGUGACUUGAAAGUUGGCCCUGAUGGUCCUGUGCAGUGCAGUGCAGCUGCUGCAGAACAACGUAGCACAACUUCCACUUGGCGCCACAGUACUUCUUCCCUCUGAAACAAAGGAAGGAAUGCUGUGCUCCUACCCAGAAGUGGUUGCAAGGCGUUCCACAGCAACUUGGUUGUGCUACACCAUCAGGGCUGCCUUUCAAGCGGCACGGAAGCCCCAACAGGACCCUGAUGUAGUCAGAGCGCUGCCCAUCAUGUUGGCCAGGGGUCUCUACCUGCGGCCCUCCAGCUGCUGUUAGGCUACAAAUCCCAUCAUCCCUAGUCACAAGGUCCAGUAGCUGGGGAUGAUGGGAGUUGUAGGCCAACCUUGCAGAACGGCCGCAGUUGGAGACUCUGUUAAGAACAUGCAUUCCAAUUUGUGUUUGUUUUUAAGAACAACUUGGGAAAAUAGGAAGCUGCCUUCUACGGAGUCAGGCCAUUGGUCCGUCUAGUUCAGUAUUGUCUACACUGACUGGCAGUGGCUUCUCCAAGGUUGUAGGCAGGAGACUCUCUCAGCCCUAUCUUGAAGGUGCCAGGGAGGAAACUUGGAACGUUCUGCACGCAGGUGCUCUUCCCAGAGCAGCCCCAUCCCCUGAGGGGAAUAUCUUACAGUGCUCACAAAUGUAGCCUCCCAUUCAAAUGCAAACCAGGGUGGACCCUGCUUAGCAGAGGGGACAAUUCAUGCUUGCUGCCACAAGACCAGCUCUCCUCCCAUAAACAGGCUCUGGUAACAAACGGGAGAAUUCAUGAAAUUAAAAACUAAGAUGUAUCUGUUCAUUCUAAACGUGAGAAGGUAGAAAAUAAUACUGAAACAAAACAUUGCCCAGACACUGAAAUUCUCAGAGGUAUAUUUGUGUGUUUGAAAAACAACUUAAAUCUUGUAAUCUUCAGUAUCAAGUUGCCAAAUUCAAGGCAUUUAGACUUUAUUUGUGUGCCAAAACGUCUUAAAAUUAAAUCUAUAAUUGGGAAUGUUAAAGUGUGGAGAAUGGGUGCUCAUUGAUGACAUACAUUUAAAUAAAACCCAGACAAUGGAAGAACUUGUUAAAAUUUGCAUUUUUGCCAGAAAAUUAGUGUUUGGAGAUGAUGACUGACAUACACUGCAGCGUUUCACAUGUGUUUAGUGGCACUGCUGUGUCUUCCUAGUGGCACUUGCAGAAGUGCCCACUUGCACAAAUGCCGAAAUUAUGUGAGGGAGUGACACAAUUAUAUGGUCGUCAUUUCCAGUGGCUGUGCAAUCGCACAACUCCCUUGCGCCAUCUCAGCAUUUGUGCAAGUGUGUACUUCUGCAAAGUGCCAUUAGGAAGAUGAAGCCGCACCCCUGGUGCUUUAAAUGUGCAUGGGAGGCUGUGUGGAAUGUUGUCCUCUUUUUGAGAAAUCCCCUUCAACUCCAUUUCAUUUUCUCGAAUUAAUAUAGAAAAGGCUUUUAGGGCUUGUACUUCCACAGACGACACAAAUCCCAACCCCCUCACACAUGUGGUGUGAGGAGUAAAACAUGGAAAUUGCCAUGUUUGGUGCAAAACUCAGCCCUGAAACUCAGGAUGACAAAUAUCUGUAAGUUUUGCCAUCCCAUACAUCGCCCUCCCGCAAAGCAAGAGUGUAACCCAAACGAAGUACAGAAAUAUCCAGAGGUUUGCAGGGAUGAUGUUUCUCCCUGAUUCCAUUGCAGAGACCCUGUCUCCUCUCAACUUGGGCCACACCUGACGAUCUCCCCUCUCUUGGACACUGGAAAAAGCCAAGAACUCAAAGUAUAUUGUGUAAUAUUGUUGUCUGUUUUGUUUUAACCCACGCAGAUAUGCAUGUCAUGAGCAUGAGCAUCAGUUGUGUUAAUAUUUCAGUCAGUGUCCCAAUAAUUGUACAUCAUAAGCAGUUGUAUUUUAUAUCUAUAUCUACAUCAUAUCACUUUGUAAAUUAAUAUAAUGCAUCCAUAUGCUGUAAUAAACAAUGGUCUUUUAA